AAUGAGCAAGUGACUUCAGCAAUCAAUCUAAACUGCUAAGAGUAAGAGAACAAGCAAAGAAAAAACUCCCUCACUCGACAGACUGAUCUGUGACUGAUCUGAUGGCUGAUCAGUUGUGGUUUUAUGUAGUAAAUCAGCAAGAGAAUGAGCUGAAACAAUUUUUAAAGGAUAAUAAAGGAACUUUUGAUAUAAACAGGAGAGAUGCUAGUGGUAGGACCUUACUAGACUAUUGCUGCCCUACUGUUGGCUAUAUAUCAACUACAGUCUAUUCAGAAACUACAAAGUAUUCGGCUUACAUAAGAAUAGCAAAGGACUUGCUAGACAAUGGUUCCGAUCCUAACUCUGCUGAUCAAAGGGGCUGGACCAUCAUUCACCAAUGUGCUAUUGUCGGUGACCUCACCCUCCUUUCUCUCUGUAUGCUCUACGGUGCAAACUCCUCUCUCUAUAACCACGGGGGUCAGCUACCCGUUGACCUUGCUUACCUCAAGAAACACGACCAUAUUGUCGAAUAUUUAGAAAAGCAUUCUCUAUCUCUCAAACAACUGUGUAGAGUGACAAUAAGAGAUGCAAUGGGCCCAAGGACUUACAACAGGAUUAAUGAACUACCACUACCUCCUUCUCAAAAACUAUUUAUUAAUUAUGGGAAUCCUUUCGUAGGGUGGGUCGGAACACUCUAUGUGCCCCGACCAUGGACAGACGAUGAUAUUAGAAGUGGUAGAGUCGACAAAGGAGAUGUGCUUGCAUUUUUUGUGACAAACGCCAGCUCUGAGUUUAUGGAGGAGAAAGAGAUUGAGGACAAGUGGCAGAACCUCACUUUUAGUGAUUUGGCAGAAUUAUUCGAGUCGCUAUACUUUUGGGAGUCUUUCAAAACUAUUGACUAUGAAGAGCCUCUGGCUCGGAAACCUCGUUAUGCACUGGAGAAGCUAACACUCAGAGAUGAGGAGGAGGAGGGAGAGAGGGGAAGAGAGAGGAACAGGAGAGAGAGGGAGAGCAGUGAAUUUAAUUUUUCUAGAAUUUUUAGACGAAGAAAUUAGGUUUAACUUAAAUUAAAUUUUUUAAUCAUCCAAUUACAUGUUUUGAAUUUUUAUUUUAUUAUUGUAUGCAUCAGAAAAUAUAAUGAAUUCUCUCUGAACCAUUUCUGAUAAAAUAGUAGAUACAUGGACUAUAAAAGGGUCCAUGUUUUUUUCUCCUUUAUUCUAAACCAACUUUUGAAAUUUCUAAAAAAAUCCAAUU